AUGACUAGAAAGAAAGUUAACCUUACUUAUAUUCUCAAUAAUAGUGCAAGAAGAAACACAUACAAGAAAAGAAAACUUAGUUUUGUGAAGCAACUAGAUGAAAUCACCACUCUGUGCGACGUUGAAACGUGUACCGUCAUCUAUAGUGACUUUGAUCCCCAAUCUGUUGUUUGGCCGUCUAUGAAUGAAGUACGGAGACUCAUUACAAAGUACCAGAGUUUUCCGAAGGCUGAUCAAGGAAAACGAAGGGUCAACCAAGAGACCUUUACGAGGCAAAUGCUCCAAAAGAUACAAGAGAAACUAAGAAGACAGGAAAGAGAGAACCGUCAUAGUGAGAUGACUCAUACCAUGUUUCAAUCAAUGAUGAAUCCACAACAUGCUAUGUCAGGCCUGAAUACCGAAGAAGAUUUCAAGGAGCUGGCUAGAGUUAUCAGUCAGAACUUAAUGGAGGUUAACAGGAUGAUGGACUCCUCCUCUUCCAACCCUCCUCCUCCUCCCCAAUUUGAUUUUGAAGGGAGUGGAGUUGGUGGUAGCCAACAACUUUCUUGGAGCCAAGAUGAAUAUUUCAUGCCUCCAACUCAUGGGGGAUUAGGCUCUUGCAUGGCGCCCAACAUGACAUGUCCUCCUCCUGCCAUGGAGUUUCCGCCUCCUAACAUGGGGUUUGAACAUCCUAACACUGGAUUUGAGACCAGUUACAUGAAUUUCCAACCUCCCAGCUUGGAAUUUCAGCCUGCAAACAUGGAAGUUCAACCUCUACCAUCUGAUUUCCAGCAAAAUAACAUGCCAUACAAUGAUCCUAACAUGGAAUUUCAGCCUCUUCCAUCUGAUUUUCCGCAGAAUGGCAUGCCAUACCCAAGCAACCCGCCUCCAUUUCCUCACUAUCAUAACGAAGACAUGGGGCCACAUGAUCCAUCAUCACAUUAA